AUGAGUAGAAGAGACGAAAGAUUUCCUGACAAUGGUUUUGAAGCUUGGGGUGGAUAUAUGCAUGCUAAAAUUGCAAAACUCGAAGAACAAUUUUCAGAAGGAAUAGGAAAAGAAAGUAAAUUGUCAGAUAUAUUUAAAGGUGUCAGUAUUUAUGUAAAUGGUUUCACGGUGCCUUCUGCAGACGAAUUGAAAGAAUUAAUGGCUAUACAUGGAGGAGUUUAUCACACUUAUCAAAGAAGUAAUGACUUCAUUAUAGCUUCUAAUUUACCAGAUACAAAGGUAAAAAAAAUGAGCUUAGCAAAAGUAGUUAAGCCAGAUUGGAUCACCGAUAGUAUAAAGGCAAAUAAAUUGUUAAACUAUAAAGAAUAUUUACUCUAUCGAAAUUCAAGAACACAGUCUACAAUCAAAUUUAAUCCAGAGAAUAAUAAAACUCAAAUUUGUAACGUCGGUAAUACAAAAACGUCGCUAGAAGAAACUAGUUUGUUAAAAGAAUGCCAGAUAUCUUUGAAGAUAGAAGAUUUGGUUUCAAAUAAUUCUAAUACUGACACAAAAUCAGCUGAAUGUUCCAAUAAUCAGCCUACUGUUUCCAAAAGUAGUGAUAACUCUUCCAAAACUCAUAACUAUCAACCCAGUGACUCCGUUAAUAAAGAUAAGUAUGCCAAAACUGCAGCGGACCCAAAUUUUAUAUCAGAAUUUUACAACAACUCAAGAUUGCAUCAUAUCUCUCAACUUGGUGCAUGUUUUAAACAACAUGUCAAUGAUUUGAGAGAAAAUAGUGACUUUAUUUUUCCUGCCAGAGAAAGUUUAAAAAACAAAAUUGUAGCUUUAAAUAAUGAAAAUACAUAUUCAAAUGUCUGUUUUCAGAACGGUAAGACUAUUAUGCAUAUUGAUAUGGAUUGCUUUUUUGUAUCGGUUGGGUUGAGAAAUAGACCAGAAUUAAGAGGAAAACCGGUAGCAGUUACUCAUUCAAAAGGUGGUCAGCCUGGAAGUAAAAGGUCUGGCAAUGAUGCAAUUACUGAAUCCAAUUUAUAUAGACAAAGGCAAGCAAAAAAAAUUGGUAUUGAUCUGGAAAUCACUGACAACAUUGAAACAGAAUCUGCGGAAAGUGGGUAUGAGGAGGAAUCAGCAUCUUACGGUUCGAUGAGUGAAAUAGCUUCUUGUUCUUAUGAAGCAAGGGCUAAAGGCAUUAAAAAUGGGAUGUUCAUGGGGAAAGCUUUGAAACUUUGCCCUGAAUUAAAGACAAUUCCAUAUGAUUUUGAUGGUUACAAAGAUGUUGCUUUUACAUUAUACAACACUAUAGCUAAUUACACAUUAGACAUAGAAGCUGUGUCAUGUGAUGAAAUGUAUGUUGAUUGUACAGAACUCUUGAAAUCAAUGAAUGUUAGUGUUAUUGACUUUGCCACUGUUUUGAGAGAUGAGAUAAAGAGUAAAACUAACUGUCCCUGCUCAACAGGAUUUGGUGGAAACAGGCUGCAAGCUCGCUUGGCUACAAAGAAGGCUAAACCCAAUGGACAAUUCUUUCUCACAGCUGAUAUAGUUAAUGAUUUUAUGUAUAAUAUAGAACUGAGUGAUUUACCAGGUGUCGGAUAUCAGACGUCACAUAAAUUAGAGUCUUUAGGAUAUCAGACUUGUGGAUCCCUGUUAAGUUUGAGCUUAGUAAGUCUUCAACAACAUUUAGGAAAAAAGACUGGCGCACAAUUAUAUGAACAGAUUCGUGGACAAGACUCACACCCAUUAUCAUUUCACACAGUAAGAAAAUCCGUUUCCGCUGAAGUGAACUACGGUAUUCGUUUUGAGAAUAAUGACCAGUGCAAAGAGUUUUUAAAGCAACUUUCUGCUGAGGUCCAUUCACGGAUGCAACAAUUCAAAGUAAUUGGUAAAUGUAUUACCUUGAAAUUGAUGGUCAGGGCUGAAAAUGCUCCAGUACAAACUGCAAAGUUCAUGGGUCAUGGCUACUGUGACGUCAUAAACAAGUCUACAACAUUGCAAAAUGCAACUAAUGAUGUUGAAAUAAUAACAAAAGAAGUUAUUUCAAUAUGCAAGAAACAAAACAUAGAUCCAAAAGAAAUGCGUGGAAUAGGAAUUCAAGUCACAAAGCUAGAACCGAUCAAUACCAAGCCAAUAAAAGGAGCAAUUAACAAAUUUUUGACGUCCAAAUCCUUUCCUAAGUCUGAAAAAGAUAUUUCAAAUGAAAACAUUGUUGACAUAGGUGUAAAAGUUAAAGUACCUACGACGCCGAAAAAAGUUACAACUUGCACAAGCAAACAAAAAUCUCCUAUUCUAAAUAUAUCUAAAUCUCCGAAAGGGAAGAGAAGGGGACGACCUCCUAAACAAUCUAAAGCUCAAGUAUCUUUUAACCUGCUCAGUAGAUUUUUUCAGUUAAAUACUGAAGUAACUGUCAAAAAUGAAAUAAAAACAGAAGAAUUGAGCAAACCCGUAAUUAAAGAAGAUAUAUCUAGAGAAGAAAAGCCAAAGCCCCAGGGCUUACUCGGAUUACCUUGGGAUAAAAUAAGAGAAUUACUCCGAGCGUGGUUUGAAAGUGGACAAACUCCUAAAUAUUGUGAUAUCCAAUUAGUUGCUGGAGGAAACAGAAACGGAAAUCCUUCUGGUACAUUGCAAGCACAGAUUGAGUCUUUGCUAGGACCAAGUUUAGAUGAGGUUGAUAAUGUAUUUGACUCCGACAACCAUUCUAUAGAAGAAAAUGACACAUUGUAUGUAGAAGUUCUAUCAGAAACUGAAACAAAAAAUCCAGAUAAUAUUUGUAGAAGUUGGACACCACUAGCAUCAAAGACCAAAGUGUUCAAUCAUCAUAAACGGAAAAAUAAUUCACUAUCCUCAUCAUCUUCAUCAUUAUCAUCACCUCAUCAAAAAAGACCAAGAAUUUCACUACAGGACAAAGUUAUACAAAAUAAAAUAGAAUUAUUAGAUAUAUUGAAACAAAAUGCUCAGAGAGAAGCAGAAUUUAAAAUUAAAUUACUCGAAGAACAAAUUAAGCAGGAACAAAUAAAAACGCAAAUUUUAACACUAUAA